CAGGCGUGGCGAAGACAGCUAUGUAUUGCCCUAUCAGAUUAAAGCUCGUUCUUUUUUCCUGCUGCAACUCCGACGGAAGGUUGUGGCUGUGAGCGAGCCAGCCGCCUCUUGCACGGUCAUCUGCAUGGUAGACAGUCACCACAGGCAAGUGUGCGAUCUCAAUAUGCUGUGCGUACAGAAAAGCCACAUGGAGGACGAGUUUGAAGCCUGUCAACCCUACUGUGUGACGAAUGUCGAGGACGGUCGCUACUGGUCUGAUACGCUGUUGUCAGGUGAAGACUUCUGGACGAAAUUCGAGAUCCCGCUCACUCCACCGAGGUCGCCUUCUCGACGAACUGGCUGCGUGCCGUCGACCGCAGAUAAGUUUGAGAUGCUGCUCGACACGAAAGGCGGACAGUGGGAUUACGGCAGAUUCGACUACGACAGUUUGCCCGUAACAAAAUGGAGAGACUACAUCAUACGCAACGACUGCAUGUGGGGAAAUGGCUGCUCGCUGGGCGAGAAAACCAGAUCUCCGGCCGUUAGCAACACGUGUUUGGACACGCUGUCAGGAGAGAAUGAAGAUAAAGUGGAACAUGAUGAUACUAUCGCCUCAUACAGUGCGGUCGAAUGUAUCAAUCCGUCGUCGGUCUUGCCGUCUGUCUCUCCGCUUACCGACCACAGUCACUAUGUUGCAAAACACCUGCCAAUCGUCACACCUACCACCUCGUCGGCGUGCAGCUCGGAAACCGGUACUAAGGAAGAGAUCGAUGUGGUGACGGUAGAGAACAAACCGAAACGUCGAUCAUCAUCUCCCCACAUCUCUCUUUCCGCAGCUCCACCAUCCAAACGACCAAGAACCACACCUCCUCCCAGCCGUCCUGCAACGCCCCUUGCAACUCACCAAGCUAAACCGCGUCGCGACUGUCAACCGCGUAUCUGCAGUGCUGCAUCCUCGUUGGCUGGCCAGCGUCGUGUUUCCGUACGUAGAAGUAGUUCACGAAAUGAAGACUCGGAGAACGAGUUGGAGAGCAAGAGAACGACGCACAAUCAUCUAGAACGGAAAAGGAGGAAUGAUCUCAAGUCUAGCUUUCAGGGUCUUAGAAUGAAUGUUCCUGAUAUAAAAGACAAUGAAAAAGCUCCCAAGGUGGCAAUACUUAAAAAAGCAUCUGAACACAUCAUGGAACUUAGGAAAGAUGACGAGAGACUAGCUGCUGAACUUGCAAAAGAAAAACAAAGACAUGAAGCUCUUCUCAAGCAGUACAAUGCCUUGAAUCAAGGUGCUGUAUGUCAGCUAGGCAUGUGUUAAGAAUUGUUACUUUUAAUUGAACAAAAUUGAUUCUAUUGUUACAUGUACUGCAUGGUGUAUUGCAAUGGCGUUGAACUCUUUUGGUGGCUCAGUUGCUCUCCACAUUGGGUUUGCUAACUUGCAGAAGUGACAUAGAUGUUACAGUUUGUCACAUGAGUUAGUCUUCACUGUUACUGUUGCUGACUGAUAAUUAAACAAAUUAAAGCAGUCAUAUUCA